AUGGCAGCAGCAUUGUCUCAAAAAUUUUGUUGGGGUUCUUAUUUUCUCUUUCUCUGCUUAAUUGGAUUCAUUUUUCAACCGGUUGAAGCUGCUGUUAAGAAAUACCAGUUUGACAUUCAAGUGAAAAAUGUUAGCAGGCUGUGUCAUGCCAAGCCGAUUGUCACGGUAAAUGGGAGGUUCCCAGGGCCAACUGUGUAUGCUAGGGAAGGAGACAGAGUUCUAGUGACUGUAACCAACAGCGCAGAAUACAACAUGUCUAUUCAUUGGCAUGGACUAAAGCAAUUUCGUAAUGGCUGGGCUGAUGGACCUGCUUAUAUAACACAAUGUCCAAUCAAGACAGGACAUAGUUACACCUAUGAUUUUAAUGUAACAGGGCAAAGAGGAACGUUGUGGUGGCAUGCACAUAUCUUUUGGCUAAGGGCUACUGUCUAUGGUGCCAUUGUUAUCAUGCCUAAACCAGGGACCCCAUUUCCUUUCCCUCAGCCUCAUAGGGAAGAAAACAUUAUUUUAGGAGAAUGGUGGAACAAUGACAUCCAAGAAAUUGAAAAACAAGGGAGCAAGCUGGGAUUGCCGCCGAAUGCAUCUGAUGCCCAUACCAUUAAUGGGAAGCCAGGGCCACUUUUCCCAUGUUCUGAGAAACAUACAUUUAGCAUGGACGUUGAACAGGGAAAGACUUAUCUCUUGAGAAUCAUCAAUGCUGCACUUAAUGAUGAGCUUUUCUUUGGUAUUGCUGGUCACAACAUGACCGUGGUAGAAAUUGAUGCAGUUUACACCAAACCCUUUACAACAAAAGCAUUACUAAUUGCACCAGGACAAACUACGAAUGUUCUUGUUCAAGCAACACAAUCACCAAACAGAUAUUUCAUGGCUGCUAGACCUUUCAUGGAUGCACCACUUACCGUAGACAACAAAACUGCCACUGCUAUACUGCAAUAUAACGGCAUCCCAAACACUGUACUCCCUAUCGUUCCCCAGCUACCAGCACCAAAUGACACGGCUUUCGCCCUUAGCUACAAUGCCAAACUUAGAAGCCUAAACUCUCCACAAUUCCCAGCAAACGUACCCCUUAGAGUGGACAGGCAUCUUUUUUACACGAUAGGUUUAGGAAUAAAUCCAUGUCCAACUUGCUUAAAUGGAACACGACUCACUGCUUCCUUAAACAACAUCACUUUUGUAAUGCCCCAAGUUGGCCUCCUUCAAGCUCACUACUUCAACAUCAAGAGAGUAUUUAGGUUAGAUUUCCCAGAUAACCCUCCAACGCCAUUCAAUUACACUGGUGCACCACUUACUGCCAAUCUUGGUACUACAUUAGGCACCAGGCUAAGUAAAAUUAACUACAAUUCAUCUGUGCAAUUGGUACUACAAGACACCAAUCUUCUCACUGUCGAAUCACACCCUUUCCAUCUUCAUGGUUACAAUUUCUUCGUUGUUGGGACCGGAAUUGGAAACUUUGACCCUAAAAAGGACCCAGCAAAAUUUAACUUGGUUGAUCCUCCUGAGAGAAAUACAGUCGGAGUACCUACUGGUGGAUGGACUGCCAUAAGGUUCAGGGCAGAUAAUCCAGGGGUAUGGUUCUUGCACUGUCAUUUGGAGCUACACACAGGCUGGGGAAUGAAAACAGCAUUUGUCGUCGAGAAUGGAAAAGGCCCAGAUCAAUCUAUCUUGCCUCCACCGAAGGAUCUUCCUCCCUGCUAG